UUUAUUAUUUUUUAUUUCCCGUUUGUAAUUUCACCCACUUGACGAAAUUAAAUUAGUAUUUGUUGUAAAGUUAAAAAUAUUUACAAAUGUAAUAAGUAAUAACAAUUAUUACAAAUAAUGUCAUCAACAAGAAAUUUCAUAAAUAUUACAAAUAAAUAUGAUCGAGUUAUUUUACUCAUCGACAUGGAUUGUUUCUAUUGCCAAGUUGAAGAGAAAUUAGAUCCAAGUUUGGCGGGAAAACCAAUUGCCGUAGUUCAAUAUAAUCCAUGGCGAGGAGGAGGGAUAAUUGCUGUAAAUUAUGCAGCCAGAGCUAAAGGUGUCACUCGCCACAUGCGUGGCGACGAAGCCAAAGAACAAUGUCCCGAAAUCGAAUUGGUUAAAGUACCAAAUGUCCGCGAAAAAGCUGACCUCUCGAAAUAUCGCGAUGCUGGGAGGGAAGUUGCCAAUGUCUUGCAAAAAUUUACCAACCUUCUGGAAAGGGCAAGUGUAGAUGAAGCUUAUUUGGAUAUUACAGCGGAAGUCAAUAAACGAAUGGAGAACAUUCAUGAUGGAACAUUUUUCCUUCAACCUGAAAUCCUAGUCAACACUUUUGCCGUUGGCUAUGAUAACAUUGGUCAGUACAUUACUGAAAUUACUUCUAAAAUAAGUAAUCCCUGUGACGAUGACGAAUUCUCUUUGACUUACGAUGCUGAUGAUACGCCUGCAGUUCGAAAAAGUGACCUCCGAUUGCUUCUUGGGUCUGCCAUUUGCAGUGAAAUCCGAGCAGCUGUUAAAGAGGAAACUUCCUUUGAAUGUUCAGCUGGCAUAGCGCAUAACAAAAUUCUUGCCAAACUUGGAGCUGGCAUGAAUAAGCCCAAUAAACAAACAAUAUUACCUUUAUCACAAAUCAAUGCUCUCUUUGUCAAUCUCCCGGUAAGCAAAAUCAAAGGUCUUGGAGGUAAAUUUGGAUUUGAUGUCUGUGAGAGACUAAAAGUCAAGUAUCUUGGAGAAUUGUUGAACUUUUCCGAAGUUGAACUUCAGAGGAAACUCGACGGGAAAAAUGGAUCAUGGUUGUAUCUAAUGUGCCGUGGAAUAGACUUGGAAGCUGUUACUCCUCGUUUCUACUCAAAGAGCAUUGGUUGCUGUAAAAAAUUCCCAGGUCGGAACUGCAUCACAGGCCUAAAAACACUCGAACACUGGUUCGGAGAGUUGGCCAAAGAAAUAGCCGAUCGAUUGGAAAAGGAUUUCGAAGAGAACAAUCGUCGGGCAAAACAAAUGGUUGUGGGUUAUGUUCAGGAACUUAACGGGGAAGAUAUAUCCAGUUCAAGAAGUGUUGCACUUUUAGCCUAUGACCCGGAGUCAAUACAAAAAGCAGCAAUAGAAGUUCUUAAAAAAAAUACUGAUCAAUUCUUUAAGCCUGGUAAUGACUUAGCAUUGAAUAACGCAAUUAAGUUCUUAAGCAUUAGUGUGGGCAAGUUUGAAACUAACAAUGGUUCCAGUGAAAAGAAUACUCUACAGCAAAUGUUUGCUAAGCAAAAGAAAAAAGAAUCAAUAGCAAUUUCGAUUAAGGAAGAUGAUCAUAGUGAAUCUAUAGAUCUGGAACCAAAGGUUGAAGUUAAAGAAGAAAAAACAGGAGCUCUAGAGAAAAUGUUUGCAAAUCAAAAAGAAAAACAGCCUCUUUCAGAAGAGCAUUCGAUAAGCUCCGAAGGGGAUAAGACCUUAGGAGAACUUCCAAAUAAACCAAAAACUGCACCAACAGUAAGAAGCUUUUUUGCAGCUCAUCUCAAUAAAAUCAAACAAAAACAAGCACUUGAACAUCCAAAACCUCCUGAAGAAGAAAGUAACCUCUUUUGUGAUGAAGCUUUACCAGCUUCAGAAGACAAUUCGGUAUCGGCUCAUGGUGAAGAAGUUUCAUUAGAAAUUCCGAUUGAUUUGAGUCCUAUCAAAAAAGAACCUCCACAAAGAUCAUUUUUUGCGCGUGCCAUCAAAUCAGUCUCACCUGAACCAUCGGCUGUAGAAAGACCGUCUUUAGAAGAGGCUCCUUCGACGUCUUUCUUCGCACGUGCUAUGAAAUCAGUCUCACCAAUACCUUCAAUUGAGGAAAGACCAACUUUACAAGAGGCUCCUUCAACGUCUUUCUUUGGAAGAGCAAUCAAAUCAAUUUCACCAGCAGCUCAAUCAGAGGAACCCUCUAAAUCUCUCAAAAGAAAAUCAGACUCUCCAGAGUCCUCCUAUCAAAGCGAAUAUGCAGAAUUAGCCACACCCGAGUUACGGGACGAGUUUUAUAUCAAAUGUGAAACAUGUGGCAAGAGGCUACUCUCCGAUGAGACAUCAGUUCAAUCCCAUCAAGAUCAACAUCUUGCUGAAGAAUUAAGUCGGCAGCAAAGAGAAGAAUAUCGAAAAGAUGUUCAGGCAAAAAUCUCUCAAAGUGCCUCACAAAAAAAGCAAAAAGUUGCCGUACCAGCUCCCAAUGCAGCUAAAAAAGCUAAAUCUAAUUCACCAAAAGUUGCUGCAGCUAGUACAAGUAUUAUGAAAUUUAUGCAGCCUUUAACACAGCCUGAUGGUCCAUCUACAUCGUCACAGGUGAAUUGUGAAAAAUGUGGUAAAGCAAUGCAUAAAGAUUUGAUGCCAGAACAUUUGGAUUAUCAUUAUGCUAAGGAUUUGCAAGUGAGGCUUAAUUCUUCGGAUAUGGUUAAGGUAGUUGUUGGAGGAGGAUCAGGAUUAAAUAAAAGUAUUAAGUCACCUGGUGUGACUAAGAAAACUUCGUCGGCAAGUGUUGUUGGGGGUAUAAAAUCAAAACCUAUAACGCAGUUUUUUUCACAGAUGUAAAAUUUUUAUUAAAAAUUGUUAAUUUGAUAUUAAGAAUAAAUACUUUUUACUUUAUAUGUAUACGACCAGUUAAUAAAUUGAAUUUUGAUUUA